ACGUUGCAGAGGAUUGUGGGUAAUACCGGUGUGAAGACGGAAAACGUGCUCGGAGCAGCAGACUCCAGGGGAAAAUAUUUUCAACGUGUGUUCGCUGUCGUAUGUUAACACCGCAGAUAUGAAAACUAAAACGGAACCGCAGAAACGUUACAUCUGCUCGUUUCCCGACUGUCCGGCGGCUUAUAACAAACAGUGGAAACUGGACGUUCACUUGUGUAAACACACGGGGAUCAAGCCGUACUCGUGUGAGCACGAUGGCUGCGGCAAGUCCUUCUGUAGCCCUUAUCACCUGUCGCGACAUGAGCUCACUCACAGCGGUGUGAAGCCUUUUCACUGCACCGAGGAUGGCUGUACGGAGGCCUUCACCACCAACGCAAACCGGAACAGACACAUCAGCCGUGUUCACACCCAAGACCAAAAGAAGUAUGUUUGCAAGUUUGAAGGCUGCACGCUCGAGUUCAAGAAGAACAAGCAGCUAAAGUCCCACAUGUGUGAGCAGCACACCCAGCUGCCCCCUUACCCGUGCACUUAUGAAGGCUGCCAGAUGCGAUUCACCUUCCCCAGCAAGCUGAAACGACACGAGAAGGUGCAUAAAGGGUACCCCUGUGCAGAGGACGGCUGCAGCUUCAUAGGAAAGACCUGGACGGACUACCUGAAGCACAGGAAGGAGCAGCACAGGCUCAUUGUGAAAUGUGACCAGUGUAACAAGGUAUUUAGGGACUCCUGGUUCCUGCAGCAGCAUCAGCAGGUCCACUCUGAGAUGCGGGUGGUCCUCAGGUGCCCCCGGGAGGGCUGUGACAGAUCAUUUACCACAACCUUCAACCUGGAGAGCCACAUCAGCUCCUUCCACGAGGAGCUGCGGCCCUUUGCCUGUACCCACGCAGGCUGCAGGAAGACCUUUGCCAUGAGGCAGAGCCUCCAGCGCCACAGCAUUGUCCAUGACCCUGACAGAAAGAAGCUAAAGAAGCCUGGACCCAAAAGAUCUCUUGCUUCCAGGUUAAGUGGUUACAGCGAAACAAAGAGAGUGGUCAGGAAAAAGCGCAGGGAACCUGAAUCCAUUAGAGAGUCUGCUCAAAAGACUGAUCCACCUGGUCCGGUUGAGUUGGUGUCCCUCCUGCAGGACACGUCCUUGCUGUGCAGCCCUGGUGUGGACACACAUGGACUUACUAAUGCCCUAACUACACCUCUGACCAUGAAGGCUUAAAUAAAGGAAUUCAUAUGAACAUUUUGAAGACAGCCGGCACUAGAAAAGAGCAUUUAUGAUGUAUUAUCUUUUCUACCUCGGUAGUUGGAGUUCUUUAUGUUGUGUAAAUUUAGUCCACCACUUUCUUGGAAUCAAAUCUUGUUGGCAUCAUUUUCAGUUAUACUCUCUACUUAAACUAUUUCUGGUGGACUUUUGUUGAUUUUCUGGAGCCAAUAAAUCCAGUAUAUUUGUGCCAUUAUAAAUUUAAGAAAAUAAACCGUCUAUGUUGUAAAUGUUUUUUUUGUAAAAUGUAAUGUAAAAUAAAACAUUGCAGUAAGACAUUGUUGUGUCUAAAUUAAACCUGUGGAUGCCUUGAUGAAUGUA